UAUUGGUUGCAUGUACUUUUGGAAUUAAAAUAGAAAGUGUAAAAUGAAUGCUGAAAAUUGCAGCUUAGCAGAAAAAAUAGUUUCUUCUUCGUACGUGCAGCAAGGUGCACAAGCAAGAAGGGCAAGAGAGAACUUGGUCAGGCAGUUAUUUGAACAGAAAAAAUGUCCUGAAAUUGGUUGGGAUGACAUGAGUAUAGAACUGCUGUUACAAGAACUAGCAGUAAUGGACAGCAACAAUUUUCCAGGAAACUGUGGUGUUGGGGAAAGAGAAGCAAGAAUUGCAUCAAGACUGGUGGCUAAUAGACACUACAAUAUAGGCCAUGGCAUAGGUAGAUCAGGAGAUAUAACAGCUAUCCAGCCAAAGGCAGCAGGCUCUAGUUUGCUGAACAAACUUACAAACUCCAUGGUGUUGGACAUCAUCAAGACAGCAGGUGUCCAGUCUGCAGCCUCUGCAUUUGUUGUUCCCAUGGCAACAGGCAUGAGCCUGGUUCUCUGUAUGCUGACAUUGAAACAACAGCGACCUGAUGCCAGAUAUGUGCUAUGGCCAAGGAUAGACCAGAAGUCUUGCUUUAAAUCUAUGGUUACAGCAGGUUUUCAACCAAUAGUAAUUGAAAACAAACUUGAGGGAGAUGAACUAAGGACAGAUAUUUCUGCCAUUGAAUUAAAAGUGCAGGAAUUAGGUGCUAAGAAUAUAUUAUGUGUGAUGACAACAACCAGCUGCUUUGCCCCAAGAGUACCUGACAGGAUAGAAGAAGUAGCUCAACUAUGUGCCAAACUUGAGAUACCUCAUUUAAUCAAUAAUGCGUAUGGUGUCCAGUCCUCAAAGUGCAUGCAUUUGAUACAGCAGGUUAGCAUGGGAAUUUUACUUACUAGUAAAUGCUGUUUGAUUGAUUGA